AACAAAAGCCAUCAAAUGAAUUUGAAUUGAAACCAGAUUUUUUCAAUUUUUUUGAUAAAGAAAAUUUGAACAUAAACAUUAAUAAUGAACCAAACAACCAGCGCAACAACAAUGAUAUUGGUGGUGGCAAUAAUAAUCAGAAAAAAUCAUCAUCAUCAUUCAGGGAUGGAAAUUUAAUGGUCGAUAAUUUUUUCGAUUUUGAUUUGGGUGGUGGUGGUGAUCGAAAUCAAAAUCAUAAGAAAAAUACCCUAGACAAACAUCGUAACAACAACAAGUCCAAAAAUGAUGAUUUUCAUAAAACAACAUUUUUCGAUAUGAAACCACCAUCAUCAUCGUCAAACCAUACUAAUAAUUUAAAAUUGGAACAUUUCCUUGGAAAAUUGGAUGGUGGCAAUAAUAAUAAUAAUAAUAAUAAAUCGAUAUCGCAUCAGCAAACUAGUUCAUCAUCAUCAUCAACAUCGAUUGGUUUGAAAACGGUGGUCAAAAACAACAAUUCACCAUCAACAACAAUACAUCAACAUAGAUUGAAAUCACCAGUAAUAAAAAUUGCAACAAAUGAUAAUGAACGUGAAAUUGAAUUGAAAAAUUUAUUCGAUUCAAAUAUUCAUGGCAAUUAUUAUGAUCGUAACAAAGCAUAUGAAUAUCUAUUUACAAUGAUGAAUGAUGCCGAUGAUGAUCGACAAAGGCGACCACCGAAUCAAUCAUCAUUUAAAGAUAUACUUGAAACAUCGAAAUCGACUACCACAAAAUCACCGUCAUCGGCGUCGAUAUCUGGUCAUCAACGGUCACGAACACGAACAUCGCAACAACAAACGACAACGAAUCAUCGAAAAAUUGACAAUGAUAUAUAUCGUAUACGAAAACCAUCAUCAUCAUCAUCAUUGAAUCAACAACAAUUGACAAAUAAAUUUGUUGCCAAAAAUGAACCAAUUUUUCCAUUUACAACAGCCAUACCAAUUAAAACUACUGCUACUGCUGUUACCUCCUCCACAUCAACAAAUAUUGUUGAUUCAUCACCAUCGAUAGAUCGAACGAUUGAUUUUAAACAAAAUCAAAAUAUCAAAUUUAAUAAUAAUGAUGAUGCUGAUGAUAAACAAAAACAAACCUCAGCAUUAUUAAAUGGUGACGAAAAGUUUUAUUAUUAUUCAACACCUUUUACGACAACAACAACAACAACAACGAUUAGUAAUAAUCAGCAGCAGCAGCAGCCUGAAAUAACGACUGAAGAUUAUGUACUAUAUCCAAAAGGUAGCUUGAUUAAUCAAAAAAAUCCAGAACAACAACAACAAAAGUCAACAUUAAAAUCGUCAUAUAUUGCUAAUAGUGGUGGUGGUGGUGGUGGUAGUAGUAAUAAUCAAAUUACAGAAAUUGAUCAAAAUCAAUUGGCACAAUUGUUGGAAUAUUAUCGACAAAAUGAUCUGAAUCAACAACAGCAGCCAAUUACUAGUACGGAUAUUCAAACAACAACCACCAAUAAACCAAUUGCUUUAUCGCAACCACAAUCAUCGAUUCAUCAGUUUGUCGAGAAUGUUGUAAUCGAUAAUAAUAAUAAUAGAAAUAAAAUCAACAACAUAAUUGAUUCAAUCAAUUGGAAUGACAACAAUAAUGGUGGUGUAACAAAAGCAAAAAUCCUUCGACCAUAUAAUAAUGAUGACCAUUAUAUUCAACAACAACAAAAUGUUCAGAUUUUACCACCGACAACAACAACAACAACAACCACUGAUUACAAUUUACCAACUUCUACACCAACACAACAAAAUGCACAAUCUAUAUUGACAAUGAUUACACCGACUAGAAAAGAUUUUAAUUUCAAUAUUACACCAAAGACAAAAUUGAAUUAUGAUGAUCAAGUGUCUAUAAUUCAAGCACCACCGACCAUUACUAGCACUAGUAGUAGUCUACAAAAUAUUGAUGAAGUUACACUAGGUAUUAGACCGAUUUCCAUCAUAUCGUCAUCGAAUAUUGAUGAUAAUCAAAUCAAAACGACGACAAAACAAAUUUCACAACCAAUCACUUUCGAUGCUUUUCAUUGGAGUUCUGCUUUUUCAAACAACGACAACAACAAUAAUGGUGAUGAUGGGAAAUGGACACCGAGACUAAGACAAAAUCAAAGUUAUGUACCUAAUCAACAAUGGAAUCAUCGACAAUCAUUUGGAAAACAAAGACAGACUCCAUCAAGAAAUUUUUUCAACAAUAAUUAUCGACAACAGAAUAUAACAGACAGCCUGAUCAAUAGCUAUACACCAUCACCAUUGAAUGUUGUACGUAUAUUGCCGAAAGCAAGUGUUGAAAAUAUUCCAUUACCACCGAUAAGUGAAUAUGAUGUGCCAGAGAUUCCUAAACAAAAUCAAGAUUAUAUUGUUAAAGUGGAAAAAAUAUCGCUAACAAAUCUAGAUGAUUUACGUAAUAACAUUGCCGGAACAGCUGAUGUUAUGGUCAGUAAUGAUAAUGAUAAUGAUGAUGAAAAUGUAAUGAAAACACCUACAAGUGUAACAACAACAGCAAAAUCAACAUCACAACUUCGUAGACCUCCACCGAAAAAUCAGAAAUCAAAAUCACCACAAAAAUUACAAGAAAGAAUCAAGAAUAAAAAUAAAAAUAAAAAUAAAAAUACGAAUAAUAAGAAUAAUAGAAAUAUGAAAAAGACGAAAAAAGAGCGUAGUAAAUCACGUCGAUUACAGGACGUAUCGACCACUAGUACGACCGUGUCACCGGAUGAUGUAGAUGAAGAUUCAUCAUCACCAAUAGAUGAAAGUGAAGAGAAUACCAACGGUGAUGAUGAACGAGAAGAGGAAGAACGAGAAAUGGAAAAUACUACAGAAAAAGAAAAUGAAAAUGAAGAAGCAACAACUUCGACAACUGAAACGCCUGAAACUGAAAGCAAUGAAGAUGAUACGCCAACAAGUUUUGAAGAAAAUGACGAUGAUGAUAUCGAAACGGAAUCAUCAUCAACUACGACCACUACUACACCUUCACCAUCCACUACAAACAAGCCAACGAUGAUGAUACCGCCUUACCCACCCUAUCCUUUACCACCAAUGAUGCCACCGUUUAUGUUUCCACCGGGAAUGCCUUACCCACCACCGCCACCACUUCCUCAAAUGCCUUAUGGACCAUUUUCGAUGCCAAUGUUUUUGCCACCAUCAUCACCAUAUUCCUCACAAAUGACAUAUCGGCAACCAACACCAAACCAUUAUACGGCAAAACAACAAGCACAACCAAAUGUUUCACAAAGACCUGGUCCACCAUACCAAACACCAUCCUCACCAGCAACGCCCCAGUCGCAACAACAACAAUAUCAACAACCACAAAUGCAAUAUCAACAUCCACCACAGACAUCAUAUAGGCCAAUGCAAUAUACAUAUCCACCACCACCCACAUCUCCCAAACAACAACCACAACGAGCAUAUCCAUCUACAUCAUUGCCACCGAUGCAAUAUCCGCCCACACAACAACCACCAAUUGCUUAUGCACAACCGAAACCCGUACAUUCAUAUCCUUCACCAACACCACAUAUGUAUCAUUCAGCAGCGGCACCGAUGAGAAAUUAUCCCGGUUCCAAUCAUCAUCAUCAACAAGUCCCACCGAUGCAAAAUGCCAAACCAAUUGCCCACCAAUAUCCAACAGCAGCUGCUCGUCAACCAUAUGCCCCACAGCCGCAGAUGAUGAAUUCAUAUCCAAAACCAAAUAUGCCGGUUGAGAUAAAUAAAAACAUUGUAAUCAAUGCUCCUGACCAUGGUAGUGGUUAUCCACCAUAUUACAAACGACAAGAUUCGUCAUAUACCAAAAAGAAUCAUGAAUUUGAUAAUGCACCAAAAUUUGAUAUUAGCCUGGAUGUUGUUAAACCAAAAUAUCCAUCAUAUCCAUCAUAUCCAAAAUAUCCACAACCACAUCCUCCUGUCGCGACCCAUUCGGCUCCAAGUUCACCACCACCACCGCCACAACCACAACAGCCAAUGAUGCCGAUGUAUCCACAAAUGUAUCCGCCAACCAAUCCUGAUUCAAAACCAAAAAACAUUUUCAUGUCAUUCAAAGAUAAUCUAAAAAGAAUGUUACCAAAAUUACGUCUUCAUUCGGGUGAUCCGUAUCCACCGGAAUUGGAUAUCUAUUAUAAACAAAUGAAUGGUACAUAUAAUCCAAUGGAUCCAAUGGAAAAUUUUUGGACAAAUAUUAAUCGUAAUGAUAAUAAUAUGAAUUCAAGCUGAUGAUCACGAUGAUGAUGAUGCUGAGGAUGAUGAUGAGGAACACUUGGGCAGCGGCGACCAUAUUCUGUGAUGAAUCCAUUCGAUAUUUCCAUCAUUUCACUCAAUCGCGAUCAAUCAAUCAAUGAAUUUUGAUUUUAUUUUUUUUUAUUUAUUAUUCCAUUUUUUUUACACAACACCAUAAUG